UCUUCUUGUUUUUUAAAUCGUCUGUGCGCGGCAUUCUCUCCACACACGUAGCAACGUGACGUUUCGCGACGGCGAGCCCUUUCAUUGGUUGUGAGGCGUUUAAAGGUACCGCGCUGCGCUCUGAUUGGCCGGCAGCUUUUGGACGCGAAAUUCAAACGUUUCGGUAAAGUGGCGCUUUUACUCUCCUCCCGCUUCAGUUCGGCAGAGCCGGGUUUGCCGCCUAGACUCGCGAUGUGGAGCUAAGGUGUCGAUUUAAGACGAGAAAAACGACAUCGAGCCAUAAAAAUCCCCUGAUUUACUCCCGAGUUUUGGCCUUCUGCUGGGACCACGUAGUCAACCAAUAUGAAGUGUCUCGCCCUGACUAGAGGUUCAGCAGGCUCUCUCUGUGCAGAAAAGGAUAAAGUGGAGCCUCCAGUGGUGUUAAAGGGCCAAACAGCACCACUAAGCACCAAUGGCUCAGGGCAGGUCACGCCUGCUGUCUCCUGCCCCACAGAGGAACAUCUGAAAGGCCCUCACAAUAAAGAGAACUGCAGAGAAAAGCGCUGUUCUGCUGACUUGCCCUCUGACGACGAGGUCAUUCUGAGCAGUUCGAGCCUGGCAGAGGACAGCGGCUACCUGUCGCUCCACAACAGCCAGAUAGAACAUGUGGACACUGCAGAAAGCUCAGAGAGAUGUGCAGAGCAGAGAGACUCCACGGUGUCAUCAGGCACCCAUUCAGACUCUAAUUCUUCUUGCCUGCCUGUACUUAAGUUCCAGGAGGAGGUGUGCAAAGCGCUGGCGAACAGCUACAGAAAAAGUCAAAGCUACGACUGGACUGUCGUUGACAGGAUAGCUGAACUCCACGGCCUUCAAAAUGUCAUUGGAGGAAAGAUGGGGCUGGAGCAUGUGGACAUUCUCUGUGGUCUGCUGCAGAAGGACAUGAAGCACAUCCUUACCAGGAUCCUGGGCCUGCUGGGGGAGAGCGACUUGAUAAGCUGUAAGAGGGUGAGCAAGACGUGGCGAAAAAUCAUUUGCCAAGACGACAGAGCUCUUCAGAGAUGCAGGAACGCGGAGAAGAUGCGGAGGGACUCGGGAAGAUCCAUGGGGUCUCUAUCCAGGGACUUUUGUCUAAGCAGGGUGGUGCUCUCUUGCCUCCAGACGAGAGUAACCUCCUCCACCCCUGUCCACAAAGCCAAGAAGGCCCUGACCCAGACAGAUAGCACUGUAGCCACGCCUAAGACAGGCCGCUUUGCGGAGUUUCAUGAGGCUACCAAAUCGCUAAAAAGCCACGAAUCUCUGAGAAGUUGUCGGCUCUGCGGUUCUCCGGCGCGGUUCGACUCUGCCAUGCAAAGGGCCGUUUGCAUGCGGAUUAGCUGUGCCUUCGAGUUCUGCUCACAGUGCCAGUCGGCCUACCACGGCUCCGCUCCCUGUCAGCGGGGCAUGAUCCGGGCGUCGCCACGCUCCCAGACUGUUCCUGUCGCAGGUUCUGCCCGCAGUAAACGCAGCAUCCGGCGGCUCUGAGCUCCACCAGUUGCACCACUUGCACCUUUUAUUUUUUUUAAAAAAAGAAAACUGCCUUUAUC